CUAACUUGACACUGUGACGUUCUUGUAAGGACUGUAAAGUCUCGCAUUGCUUCAGACUUACGGAGUGACAACUUAACGAUGGCGGACCCACUUCGGCGUCUCCUCCUCCUCCUCCUCCUCCUCCCUACGUCUUCAUGUGUCGCCCGCCCUUCGUCCUCCGCACUUCGGCGGCGCUUCACCUGAGCACCGGAGACGGGGUGGUGUUUCCCGGAUGAGCCUGGCCGCCAACUCCCGCCAACCGCUGCUAGCGCAUUCAAGGGCAUUUUUUUUUGGUUGGUGUUUUAAGCUAACUUUAGCCCGUUGGGCUGUGGUCGCUUCCGCCCGUACUGAAGAUGGGGCGCCUGUGAGAGUGUGAGCGACAUGUACACACACACUGGAUGGUGAGGACGACGGCGGCGAUGAUGUUUGUGGACGCGUCAUUUGUUGGCGUUGAAUCCGGGCUGAGGGUCCAAACACUCGGCGUCGUCAAGGAAAUCGCUUGCUGACUUCUAUUUCACUAGAGGUGCGCUCGUUUCACUCAUGGCCUUCUUUGUGGACCUCGCCGGGUGGGCGGUGGCUCCUGCUUGACCCCUGAGAGCCCUCCUCGUCCCCGCCCAGACAAAGUGGACGAACUUUGACUUUUUGUUUUUAUCCCACAAAGGCUGGCAGUGGGACGUGCAUCGCAGGACCCAUCAAUGUGGACCUCAGCGACUGAUUUGACGAGUCGCUUCUAGGAGCCUCCGGACUUUUCUCCUGUCCUUCCCUUUCCCUUCCCUCCUCCCCUAACCCACCCUUCCCUUCAUCCUUUUCCUUUAUCAGUCCUUUUCCACCCCCCCCAUCAUCAUGCUUAUCAAGGAGUACCGCAUCCCCAUGCCCAUGAGUGUGGAGGAGUACCGCAUUGCCCAGCUCUACAUGAUCCAGAAAAAGAGCAGAGAAGAGAGCUCUGGCGAAGGCAGCGGCGUGGAAAUCUUAAAGAACAAACCGUACACGGACGGACCGGGUGGAAGCGGCCAGUACACCCACAAGGUUUACCACAUUGGCAUGCACAUUCCGAGCUGGUUCCGCUCCAUCUUGCCCAAAGCGGCGCUGAGGGUUGAAGAGGAGUCGUGGAACGCCUACCCUUACACCCGCACCCGGUACACCUGUCCCUUUGUGGAAAAGUUCUCCAUCGACAUUGAGACGUACUACCUGGCCGACACGGGCACCCAAGCAGAUGUUUUCAACAUGUCUGCUGCAGACAAGAGGCAGAGGACGAUUGACCCCAUCGACAUAGUGAUCGAAUCCAUCCCACCACAUGAGUAUGAAGCCGAAGAGGACCCACGGCUCUACAAGUCCGCCAAGACUCAGAGGGGUCCUCUUAAGGAUGACUGGAUAGAAGACUACAACAACAAUCCAGGAAAGACCCCCAUCAUGUGUGCCUACAAGCUGUGCAAGGUGGAGUUCCGCUAUUGGGGCAUGCAGUCCAAGAUUGAACGCUUUAUCCAUGACGUUGGCUUAAGAAAGAUAAUGGUGCGUGCCCACCGGCAGGCCUGGUGUUGGCAGGACGAGUGGUAUGGCCUGACCAUGGAGGACAUCAGGCAACUGGAGCUGGAGACCCAGCGCACCCUGGCUGAGAAGAUGGCUCAGUUUGGCCAGGUGGAGGAGGCCACCGAGGCCAAUGGAGGAAAGGCGUCGCCGGUCCAAAAACAGGAGGCGCAGGAUACCAACAGCUGCAUGGAGGCGGAGGAGGUGGUCGUCAGCAAUGUGACAGACACGCUGCAGCCCCGAGGAGUGCUCACCAAGCAAUGGUCCACCUCGUCCAGAUCCUCCCGCUCCUCCAAAAGAGGAGUGAGCCCAUCACGCCACAGCCUCUCCGAGUGGCGGAUGCAGAGCAUAGCACGAGACUCGGACGACGGCUCCGAAGAGGAGUUCUUCGAUGCUCACGAGGACUUCUCAGAUGGCGAGGAGGUGUUACCCAAACCCAUAACCAAGUGGAGCUCCAAUGACCUCAUGGACAAGAUCGAGACCUCAGACGUGGAAGAAACUCCCGGUGAGAUGACAGUGGACUACGACUCAGCGACCAGCAGACAAGGGCUAGACGAGGAGAGCUCGUCCCAGCAGUGCCUGCAGCCCUCCAAGAUCCACGUGCUCAUCUUGGUUCUCCACGGAGGCAACAUCCUCGACACGGGCGGCGGGGAGCAGAGCGGCAAGCAGGCCGACGUCAACACCAUCAGCUCGGCUUUCGAGACAGUCAUGCGUGUUCACUACCCUGCCGCCAUGGGACGCCUCGCCAUCCGCCUGGUCCCGUGCCCCGCCAUUUGCGCCGAGGCCUUCUCCCUGGUGUCCAACCUGAACCCAUACAGCUACGACGAAGGCUGUCUGUCCAGCAGCCAAGAUCACAUCCCGCUGGCUGCGUUGCCCCUCUUGGCCACCUCGGCGCCACAAUACCAGGAGGCCGUGGCCACCGUCAUCGUCAGAGCCAACCAGGUGUUUGCCGACUUCAUCAAGUCUCUGGAUGGGGCUACUUUCUCUGGCCAGGUCUGCCUCAUCGGGGACUGUGUAGGAGGAAUAUUAGGGUUCGAUGCUCUGUGCAGCAGCAACCAGACUGUCAAUGAAAGCCAGAACAGCAGCCGGAGGGGCAGUCUUGUCAGUGUGCAGGACCAGGACCUUCUCUCUCCAGGCACCAUCAUCAAUUGCGGGCAGGGUUCCGCCUCACCGACCCUGGAGGGCAGCCGGCACCUGAGUCGCAGCAACAUCGACAUCCCUCGUACGAUGCCGAGUGAGGACAACAAGAGACAACUGCCACGCAAGAGAAGCGACUCUUCUACCUACGAGCUGGACACCAUAAAGCAACAUCAGGCCUUCCUGUCCAGCUUGCACUCGAGCGUCCUGCGGGGAGAUGUGACCCCGCGCAGGUCCAGCAGCAGCACCAUGCUGGACGGGGCCAUGCUGGGGAAGUUUGAAUUUGAAGUGUCUGACUUUUUUCUCUUCGGCUCUCCACUGGGCUUGGUGCUGGCUCUAAGGAAGACUGUCAUCCCCAUGCUGGACGUGGCCCAGCUGCGUCCCGCCUGUCAGCAGGUCUACAACCUAUUCCACCCCGCCGAUCCUUCCGCCUCCCGCCUGGAGCCUCUUCUGGAGAGGAAGUUCCACCUGUUGCCUCCCUUCAACGUGCCCAAAUACCAACGCUUUCCCCUGGGGGAUGGAAAUUCGGCUCUGCUGGUGGAGACAGUCCAGAGCAACGCUCAGCUGCUACUUGAUAGCGGGCCUCCUCUGUCGCUUCGCUGUCAGGAGACCAUCAGUGAGACGUGCAUCCCUGUGCCGGUGCUAAACUGGCAGGAGGGCGGCCUCAAAGUCACACCCACCACUCUGGAGUCGGAUGUUGUUCAGUCUCAUGGUGGUGUCUUCAUGGAAAGUUCGUACCCCUCAUCCCCUGUAACGGUCCCCUUCUCACGGGGCCUGCGGCGAGCCAGUGAGGUCAGCAUUGCCAGCCAGGUGUCAGGAAUGGCAGACAGUUACACUGCCAGCAACAUAGCCAACACCAAAACACACAUUUUUAAUCGAACCAAAAGCUCCGGCCUUUUGUCCCAACUGGCCCUGUCGUCUCAAAACAAAAUAUUCCUGAAAAGCCCCCCCAAGUCCCGUAAGAAACAAAAGGCCAAGCAGGCCUGGCAAGAAUCGUCCGAGGUGGAUCUGCCGGCCGAGCGAGACUGGACCGAGACCGAUACAUGUGGCAGUCUAAGUCCCUCCGGCUACUCCUGCUUGUCACCCGGCCUGGACACUGCGAUAUGUGAUCUGAUAUCGCUGGACUCCCAGGCGGAGGUGGAUCAAGUUGCAGCACGUUGGUGGGGCACCAAGCGGAUGGACUUUGCCCUCUACUGCCCAGACGCUCUGACCGCCUUCCCCACCGUGGCGUUGCCUCACCUCUUCCACGCGUCCUACUGGGAGUCCACCGACGUGGUGUCCUUUCUCUUGAGACAGGUCAUGAGACACGACAACUCCAGCAUUCUGGAACUUGAUGGGAAAGAAGUGUCUGAGUUUACGCCCUCCAAACCUCGGGAGAAGUGGCUCCGCAAGAGGACUCAUGUAAAGAUUAGGAACGUGACGGCCAACCACCGUGUGAACGACGCCGUGUUCACAGAAGACAGCCCGCAGGUGGUGACCGGCCGCUUCAUGUACGGCCCACUGGACAUGGUCACCCUGACCGGAGAGAAGGUUGACCUGUACAUCAUGACUCAGCCGCCGUCGGGAGAAUGGGUGUGCUUCAACACGGAGCUGACCAACAGCAGCGGCCGCGUGACUUUUAACCUUCCCGAGGACAAACGUCUGGGCGUGGGCGUCUACCCCGUCAAAAUGGUCGUCAGGGGCGACCAUACGUGUGCAGACAGCUACUUGACGGUGAUCCCUCGCGGCACAGAGUUUGUGGUGUUCAGCAUCGACGGCUCGUUUGCCGCCAGCGUCUCCAUCAUGGGCAGCGACCCCAAAGUGCGGGCGGGGGCUGUUGACGUCGUCAGGCACUGGCAGGAUUUGGGCUACCUGAUCAUCUACGUGACGGGCAGACCCGACAUGCAGAAGCAACGAGUCGUGGCUUGGUUGUCGCAGCACAACUUCCCUCACGGCAUCGUGUCCUUCUGCGACGGCCUGGUCCACGACCCGCUCAGACACAAAGCCAACUUCCUUAAGUCCUUGACAGAGGUUCACAUGAAGAUAUUUGCUGGUUACGGCUCAACCAAAGACAUCUCCGUCUACACGGCCAUCGGUCUGCCUGCAUCACACAUCUACAUCGUUGGAAGACCCUCCAAAAAGAUGCAACACCAGUGUCAGUUCAUCACGGAAGGUUACGCGUCCCACCUGUCCCAGCUGGAGUACAACCAGCGCUCGCGGCCGGCCAAGCCCAGCAGCACCCGCAUGGUCCUGCGCAAGGGCAGCUUCGGCGUGGGCGCCAACAGCGACUUCCUCAGGAAGCGCAACCUGCUGCGCACCAUCUCCUCCCAGCCGGCGCCCAGCUCGCCCACGGCGGGGAGCGUCCACGUCCACGUCCGCCCCGAGCGCACGCAGAGCCAGUCGGACAGCGAGCGCCUGGAGCGCGAGCGCCUGGAGCGCGCCCACGGCCAGGCGGCCACGCAGCGCAGCAUGAGCAUCACGGCCAGCUGCUGGGGGCGCAGCAGCACCAAGAUGGAGUCCGGGAUACUCAGCCCCAAAUGAGGCGGGGAGCCACGCCGCUGACGACGGAACAGGUGCUCUUUUCACUCAAUCAGAUACGCCGCACAGAUGUUUCCUCGGACCAAACCGCCGUGUAAUCCCGCGCUCCCCUUCUGAGCUUCGACAGCUGCAAGCACAACUUUUUAAUGCUGGAUGGGUAAAAACUUUUUUCCACGCAAAAACAAUUGAACCGCAGCCCCCACAGGAGAACCAUGUGACUCCUCCCAAGUCAAUGUGCCAAAGUACUCGAGCACGGAGCGGAAUAUCUGUGCGGGGACGCCACAUGACAACAUGUACAGUAUGUUUGUACAUUAUAAAGAUUUAGAGUAUAAAUUAUGAAUAACGGUGCAGAACUACUGUCUACCGGUCCACUCCAGACCCACGGUAAGUGUCUUCUUUCUAUUCAGGACGACACCUCCUCCUUAUUUAAGGACUUUGUUUCAAUGUGGAGGAAAAAUAUGAUUUUAUUCAAUGACUUUGGGAUUCAUUUUUAUUCCUAUUACAGUACUGACCCGAAUAUAAGACCGCCCUAUUCUCUUUUAAGGAAAUCCACAAUAACUGGUCCAGACCCAGUUUUUUUCAAUACUAUAUAGUAGGGGUGUAACGGUACGUGUAUUUGUAUUGAACCGCUUCGGUGCGGGGGUUCGGUUCGGAGGUGUACACUGCAAAAAGUCAGCGUUUAAAAACAAGAAAAAAAAAAUACAAAAAUGCGGGGUAUUUUAUUUGAACUAAGCUAAAUUAUCUGCGAAUAGAACAAGAAAAUUUGGCUUGUCAAGACUUUCCAAAACAAGUAAAAUUAGCUAACCUAAAUGAACCCCAAAAAUGCCUUAAAAUAAGUAUAUUCUCACUAAUAACAAUCGCACUUUUCUUGGUAGAAAAAAAAAGAGAUCUUUUUGCUCAAUAUGUUGAAAAAUAUUCUUAAAUUAAGUAAAUGCUAGUGCCAUUAUCUUGACAUAAUAUUAUUAUCAUGAUAUUAUGGGGCAUCAUGAUUUUUUUUUUCAUGCUUGAAAUAAGAAAUUACUACUUUAAAAAAGUAGUUUUAUACUUGUGAGUGUUGAUGACACAGCUUUGCAACAGUUGAUAUUCUACUUUCAAGCAUGUUUUACUCAAUAUAGGUCAUCAAAUCUCAGCAACAAGCUGUAAUAUCUUACUGAGAUCAUUUAGGACCAUCCAUCCAUCCAUUUUCUACCGCUUCUCCCCUUCGGGGUCGCAGGGGGCGCUGGAGCCUAUCUCAGCUACAAUCGGGCGGAAGGCGGGGUACACCCUGGACAAGUUGCCACCUCAUCGCAGGGCCAACACAGAUAGACAGACAACAUUCACACUCACAUUCACACACUAGGGACCAAACCACUCUAACAUAAAAUCUGCUUAGUGAGAAGAAUUAUCUUAGACAGAAAAUAAGCAAAUAUCACCCUUAUUUGAGAUAUUUCAUCUUACUUAGAUUUCAGUUUUUGCAGUGUACCGAACGAGUUUCCACACGGACAUAUUAAGUAGCGUAACGCACGUUGUGUAAACAAUGCACACCGAGGCACAACACACGGCAUGCUAGCAGCUAACGGGCUACGAUAGACUGACCAUACGUCGUCUUUUCACCGGACAUGUCCUCUUUUGCGGAGCUGUCAGGGCGGAGUUUCUUAAAUGCCUCAAAUGUCCGGCAUUUUGAGUUAGGGUUGCGUGUAUUUUCAAUGUACGUUCAGGGUUAAGAAGGGGUUAAAAACAAAACAAAUAGUGCGUGCAGCAGCAUUGGUGAGGGAGGGGCAGAGACAGAGAGAGAGAGAGAGUUAUGAUAAACGCGCAUGCAUCGCCAGGCUCUGCUUUUUAUCCAUAGAUUUAUCAGAUUUGAUUUUUUAUUAUCUAUAGCAGGGGUGUCUAAAGUGUGCCCCGGAGGCCAUUUGCGGCCCACAGCUAAUGUUUUAAAGGCCCACGGCACAUUCUAAAAGUACUAUUAAAAUAAACAAAAACAUAACAAAAGUGAAAUAAAAAAGCUUAAAGGUUAAAUGUAAUUUUGAAAAAGUUGCAAUGUUGACUAAUAAAACAAAGCUGUUUUUUUCUUCUUUCAAACUGUCAUUGCUCAAAACAUAAUAUCGAAUCAAAAUCAAUGUUAUUAUGAAUUAUUGACCUAUCCAAGGUUCUGAUUACUUCACAUCAAAUAUUCCACUAAGAAAAAUAUUUUUGGUGGAAGAUUUUGCAAAUUUGGUAAAUAAAUACCGUAUUUUUCGGAGUAUAAGUCGCACCGGCCGAAAAUGCAUAAUAAAGAAGGAACUAAACAUAUAAGUCGCACUGGAGUAUAAGUCGCAUUUUUUGGGGAAAUGUAUUUGAUAAAAGCCAACACCAAGAAUAGACAUUUGAAAGGCAAUUUAAAAUAAAUAAAGAAUAGUGAACAACAGGCUGAAUAAGUGUACGUUAUAUGAGGCAUAAAUAACCAACUGAGAAUGUGCCUGGUAUGUUAACGUAACAUAUUAUGGUAAGAGUCAUUCAAAUAACUAUAACAUAUAGAACAUGCUAUACGUUUACCCAACAAUCUGUCACUCCUGAUCGCUAAAUCCGAUGAAAUCUUAUACGUCUAGUCCAGGGGUCGGCAACCCAAAAUGUUGAAAGAGCCAUAUUGGACCAAAAAUACAAAAACAAAAAUACAAAAAAUUAAAAGCCAUAUUACAUACAGAUAGUGUGUCAUGAGAUAUAAAUUGAAUUAAGAUGACUUAAAGGAAGCUAAAUUACCUCAAAUAUAGCAUAAUGAUGCAAUAUGUACAUAUAGAUAGCCUAAAUAGCAUGUUAGCAUCGAUUAGCUUGCAGUCAUGCAGUGACCAAAUAUGUCUGAUUAGCACAACAAACAAGUCAAUAACAUCAACAAAACUCACCUUUGUGCAUUUAUGCACAACUUUAAAAGUUUGGUGGACAAAAUGAGACAGAAAAAGAAGUGGCAUAAAACACGUCUUAGAAAGUCGGAGAAAGUUAUAUACAUGUAAACAAACUAAGGUGAGUUCAAGGACCGCCAAAAUUAGUAGGACAAAACGGCGCUCGCCAAAUACUCGAAUCAGUGAAGCAUGUUUAAUAUAAACAGUGUGAUUUAUAACAAUUAGGGAGGUUUGUGUCAUGUUUGUCCUCCUACAGUAACCAUAUUAAAACAAAAAAUAUAUUUUUUUCCCCUCAUCUUUUUCCAUUUUUCAUACAUUUUUGAAAAAGCUCCAGAGAGCCACUAGGGCGGCGCUAAAGAGCCGCAUGCGGCUCUAGAGCCGCGGGUUGCCGACCCCUGGUCUAGUCUCUUACGUGAAUGAGCUAAAUAAUAUUAUUUGAUAUUUUACGGUAAUGUGUUAAUAAUUUCACACAUAAGUCGCUCCUGAGUAUAAGUCGCACCCCCGGCCAAACUGUGAAAAAAACUGCGACUUGAAAAAUACGGUAAUAUUGAAUCAAAAUCAAUGUUAUUAUGAAUUAUUGACCUAUCCAAGGUUCCGAUUACUUCACAUCAAAUAUUCCACUAAGAAAAAUAUUUUUGGUGGAAGAUUUUGCAAAUUUGGUAAAUAAAUAACCAAAAAAUGUAUAUUUUGUUGUUUUCUUACUGCACCGAAAAUGAACCGUGACCUCUAAACCGAGGUACGUACCGAACCGAAAUGUUUGUGUACCGUUACACCCCUAGUAAAUAUAUAUUUUAGUGUUCACAUGUUGUCCAUGCGGUAAAAAACAUGAUUUGGUGACACAGCUCAAUUUUCAAUAACAAAAAUGUCCGUUUAGUUAAAUACCGUUUUUAUGUUCUUUUAUAUCUGCUUCUGAAAUAUACUUUGCACGUAUAAACCUAUUCCAACACAUCUUUUUCCGACUGUUUUUUGGGGGGGAAAUACUGUCUUAUAUUCAGGUCAAUUGUAGUUUUUCUGCUUAUUUUUUAUUUUUGAGGGGGGAGGCCUGGUGCAGUUUUGUCAUUGUUUUCUUGCCAAUCACCACACUUGUGUUCUAUUUAUUAUCAUUAUUACUAUAGUAUAUAUUGUCAUUUUAAGCUAUUUUGGAAUUCUGGGAAGGGGCUUCUCUCUCUCUCUCUCUCUCUCUGCUUUAUCCUCCAGUGUUGAAUGUGCUCCUUUAUGUCUCUUUUGAAAAGACCUAAAGUUGUAAAUGUGGUGUAUAAAUAUGUCCGAACACAGCGAUGAGACUUGAUGAUGAUGAUUUUAAUAACAACGAGGCACGUCCCGAAGUGACUGCAAUGGACCAACAACACGGGCGCAAAUGUAAAAGGGAAAAUGUGCAAUAUUUCCAAUGAUUUAUUGAUGGCCACCAGGUCCAACACGCUGCAUCCCAGUGCUAUGACAAUCACUCCAAUCAGGAAUGUCACCACUCCAAGCUUGCACAGCAAAUUUCACUUACGACUGUACAGUUUGGUCAAAUGUACUGGGACACGACGACACCUUCCCUUACAGUCUUUUUACAGUGCUUGACGCUCGUUAUGGACAGAAGCAUCGGGAAACUCGACGCCGACUACAAACCCCGUUUCCAUACGAGUUGGGAAAUUGUGUUAGAUGUAAAUAUAAACGAAAUACAAUGAUUUGCAAAUUAUUUUCAACCCAUAUU